AUGCUACCAGGGAGUGUUGAAGAAUCAUGGUUUGAUCCUGCUGCUGUACUUGAAUCUGACUGUAGCGAUGAAGAUUAUCAAAGCGUUCCCGAUGACGUGCUCUCUCUAAGUGGCUUUGAUGGUACAUCCAUUUCUCUGAAAGAUGGUGAUGCCAAUUUUCGACGUGUUUCUUCCCUUGAACAGACAGGGGACUUGUCAAUGGGGAAUUCUUCUCGUGAAUCUGUCAGCGGAAUAGCUAGAAGUUCAAUUCAUUCCAGCUAUCCCGAUUUCCAAGUGAAAUCUGAUGAACCACAGAUAGAGCCUGUAUUCAUUGAUGAAAUCUCGUGCUCAGCCGGAGAAAAUGCUGGCUUGUUUGAUAAUUGUGGAAUUCUCCCGAGCAACUGUUUGCCUUGUCUUGCUUCUACAGUUCCCUCAACUGAAAAGAGAAGAUCCCUAAGCACUAGUCCUCCAAGUGCAAGGAAAAAGGCUGCCUUGAGACUCUCCUUCAAAUCGAGUGAAGGACAUCCUGCUUGCAUUUUGUUUUCAUCAAAGGCACUUCUGCAAAGACCAAUAGCCGGUUCACAAGUACCAUUUUGUCCCCUUGGGAAGAGAGUUAAUGAUAGUUGGUCCAACAUAGACCCGGGUACUUUCAAGGUUAGGGGAGACACCUAUUUCAGGGAUAAAAGGAAAGUGCUUGCCCCAAAUUACGCCGCAUAUUAUCCUUUUGGCGUCGACGUAUUUUUAUCUCCGAGAAAAAUUGAUCACGUUGCUCGGUUUGUGGAACUUCCUUUUAUGAAUUCUUCAGCGAAGCUUCCACCCAUUCUCGUUGUGAAUGUUCAGAUACCAUUAUACCAUGCUGCAAUGUUCCAGCGUGAAACAGACGGGGAAGGAAUAAAUUUUGUUUUGUACUUUAAGCUUUCCGAUACCUAUGCUAAGGAACUUUCGGCCCAGCUUCAAGAAAAUAUUAGGAGUUUAAUUGAUGACGAAGUAGAGAAAGUUAAAGGUUUUCGUGCAGAGACGGAUGUGCCCUUUAGGGAAAGGUUAAAGAUAUUGGGUCGUGUUGUAAAUGUUGAAGACCUUCCUCUAGGUGCAGCAGAGAGGAAGCUCAUGAAUGCCUACAAUGAGAAACCCGUUCUUUCACGUCCGCAACAUGAAUUUUACUCGGGUGAAAAUUAUUUUGAGAUUGAUUUGGAUAUGCAUAGAUUCAGCUACAUUUCUAGGAAAGGUUUUGAAACAUUCAUAGAUCGGCUAAAGUUCUGUGUCUUGGAUGUUGGACUUACAAUUCAGGGUAACAAAGCUGAAGAAUUGCCUGAGCAGAUCUUGUGUUGCAUACGGUUGAAUGAAAUCAAUUAUAUGAAUUAUCAGCAAUUGGGGUCUUUUCAAGCAACCCUCGAGAUAGAUUGA